AGAACACAUGAGUAACUCACUUCUCACACGAUGAGAGGACUGACGAUAGAUGCCACUGGAGGAAAAGGUAGGGAAAAGAUAGCAAAGGUACUGGCUAAGCGACUCCGGGAGAUGACGGAAUCCUUCCGGGGACGGUAGGGUAAUAAUCCACGCAUAUUCACUGACGUCGGUGUGUGUCGAUCCCCAGCAGCUUUAUCAAGGUGAGCGAUAAGGAUUAAUUCGGGGACGACCCCCACGUUUAACCACACGAACCGUUUAACCACACGAACGAACACGUGAUUGGCUCAGCACUCAACUUAAUCCAACCUUUUGAGUUGCCUCCAUCGUGAAAACGGACAUCACUCACCGCCUCGGCCCUCGAUUUGAUCCCCAAGACGCCCGUUGUAAUAUACGAAGACUAGCAGAUCAGCACGCAAACUCCAAGUCGCACAAUGGCGGACAUAUUGUCACAAUCGACGUCCCAGGAUCUAAACCCUUUCGCCAAGCCUUUUGUAUCAAAAUGGGCAUCUAGAUAUCGCGGGGCCACAGUCGAAGACCUCGACCCGCCCGCCGCCCUCUCGCUGACGCCCUCGGACCCCAUCUCGCUGGCGCUCAUGUCGGCCUUUGAGCGCGACUACACGCACCUGACGGUGGUGGACGGGCAGACGCGGGCGCUGCUUGGGUACAUCUCGAUGCCGACGCUGCAGGCGAUGCUCGACUCGGGCAAGGUGGCGCCCGAGGACGAGCUCGCAAAGGCCAUGGUCAGGUUCGAGCGCCGCGGCCGCAGGUACCGCGUCAUCACCAUGCAGACGCCGCUCGAGGAGCUCGAGGAGUUCUUCGAGGGUGGGUCCACGGGCCAGAAACAGGAGUUCGCAGUCAUCACCGACGAGCGGAGGAGGUUCGUCCUCGGCGUCGCGACCGCUAAGGACCUGGAGGAGUUUGUCAAGAGGCGGCCUGCGUAGAGCGGUGGGCGUGCGCCUCGGUGGUGGCGGGGCGGUAGUGCGGCGACGAUGCCUUUAGGGGACUGGCGGUGCGUCAAGGCGGGGGACCUAUGGAACGAAAGGUUGGCACAAGGAACAGGCGGGACUGACGAUGUGGGCUAGCACAACACCCGAUGCGUGGCAGGUGCAGAGCAUCGCAAGGCGUUUCAUGUCAUGAGUUCAUCGGUCGGGAGCAUGGCAUGGUGUUCUUAAGACGACGGUUCAACACGGAGGUUCAACACUGGGUUAUACGGAAUGCCUCACCGCACCCGAAUCAGAGGAGUUUCUGUUUACAUAAGGCAAGAGACAGAGAAGGAGAGAAGGGGAGAUUAUGCAGCCCGACGGGAUCAAAGCUACAUACACUACACUUACAAUCGGCACAGUAAUCAAAAUGAGAUUUGCAACCCUUUCAUAUG